UCUUUCGAAUAUUACCCAAAAGCAUAGCUUUUCAAUAUAUAAAUCUUUUAAGAAACUCACGCCAAUGGCAGCAACGAAAAAACAUCUGGGCCACCAUGGAUGUAGAAGCAAACAAAGCUAAGCAAAUCAUCAACGACAACAACAACGACUGCGCCAAAGUAAACAGUAAUUCGACCAUCGAUGAUUCAAUCCCUCACUCUUCUCUCUCUGUUGAUACAGCACUUCCUUUCCCCCUUAUGUCCCCUCGCAUCAUCGAGCUGUGUAAGGAUCUGUUUAGGAAAUGGGCGAAGUUGGAUGAUUCUUGCUUCUCUGUCGAGACUGUAUCCGGUGGCAUCACAAAUCUCCUGCUAAAGGUGUCUGUGAAGGAAGAAAGUGGAGAUAAUGUGGCUGUAACUGUUAGAUUAUAUGGACCUAACACAGAAUAUGUCAUUGACCGUGAACGUGAGUUACAGGCAAUCAAAUACCUUUCAGCUGCAGGAUUUGGUGCCAAGUUGCUUGGAGUUUUUGGAAAUGGCAUGGUUCAAUCAUUUAUAAAUGCGCGCACAUUAACUCCUUUGGACAUGAGAAAGCCAAAGCUGGCUGCUGAAAUCGCUAAGCAGCUUUGUCGAUUCCAUCAAGUGGAAAUUCCAGGUCCUAAAGAACCUCAGCUAUGGGUUGACAUGUUCAAGUUCUUUGAGAAAGCAUCUGCGCUCCGGUUUGAAGAUCCUGAUAAACAGAGGAUAUAUGAGACAAUUUUGUUUAAGGAAGUGCAUAAGGAAGCUACACAGCUGAAGGAAUUGACAGAGCUUUUCAGUGGUCCAGUAGUAUUUGCUCACAAUGAUUUACUUUCUGGAAAUUUGAUGCUUAACGACGAACAAGAUAAGCUCUACAUAAUAGACUUUGAGUACGGGUCAUACAAUUACAGAGGCUUUGACAUUGGAAAUCACUUCAAUGAAUAUGCAGGCUAUGAGUGUGACUAUAGCUUGUAUCCUAGUAAAGAAGAACAAUAUCAUUUUCUCAGGCAUUAUUUGCAACCCGAAAAACCAUAUGAGGUAUCAGAAAAAGAUCUUGAGGAUCUUUACGUCGAGGCAAAUACAUUCAGGUUAGCUUCACACUUAAUUUGGGCUUUAUGGGGGCUAAUCCAGGCAAGGAUAUCUCCGAUUGAUUUUGAUUAUCUUGGUUAUUUCUUCUGGCGGUACAACGAAUACAAGAAGCAGAAGGAGAAGUGCUUCUCCCUUGCACAGUCUCACUUAUCCGGAUCUCGAACAGUAUAAGAUUGUAAGUUUACACGCUAAUAACAAAAAUUCUGUAUGUCAUGGAUUUGUAGAGUAAGUGCCUCGAUUCCAUUUGUUUGUAUUAUUGCAGAAUUCUUUUAUAUCCAUUUAUAAGAAACAAAAUCAAGAAGACAAGAUUGAAAGAACUAAAGCAAA